AUGUUAGGAAGUUAUCAGCUCAGUCUGCCGUUCAAACACUUCACCCCCAGAGGGGAAAAGGGACCGUCGCCCUCGUCUGAGACUUGACUUUUAACACAUCCUCGAACAUGAGCACGGCCCUCUGCAUCCUCCUUCCUCCAGCUUCCUCCUGCUUCCUCCUCCUUCCUCCUGCUUCCUCCUGCCUCCUCCUACCCCUCCUGUCUCCUCCUGCCUCCUACCCCUCCUGUCUCCUCCUGCCUCCUCCUGCUUCCUCCAGCUUCCUCCUGCCUCCUACCCCUCCUGGCUCCUCCUGCCUCCUACCCCUCCUGUCUCCUCCUGCCUCCUACCCCUCCUGUGUCUCCUGCCUCCUACCCCUCCUGUCUCCUCCUGCCUCCUACCCUUUCUGUCUCCUCCUGCCUCCUACCCCUCCUGUCUCCUCCUGCCUCCUACCCCUCCUGUCUCCUCCUGCCUCCUAGCCCUCCUGUCUCCUCCUGCCUCCUACCCCUCCUGUCUCCUCCUGCCUCCUACCCCUCCUGUCUCCUCCUGCCUCCUACCCCUCCUGUCUCCUCCUGCCUCCUACCCCUCCUGUCUCCUCCUGCCUCCUACCCCUCCUGUAUCCUCCUGCCUCCUACCCCUCCUGUCUCCUCCUGCCUCCUACCCCUCCUGUCUCCUCCUGCCUCCUACCCCUCCUGUCUCCUCCUGCCUCCUACCCCUCCUCCUCCUCCUGUCCUCCCUCCUCCUGCCUCCUACCACUCCUGUCUCCUCCUGCCUCCUACAGCCUCCUGAUGCCUCUUCCAACCUCUUCCAACCUCCUCCAUUUUCCCCCUGCUUCCAACAGCAUCCUCCUACCUCCUCAUGCCUCUUCCUGCCUCCUCCUGCCUCCUCCUACCCCACCAGCCUCCUCCAGCCUCCUCGUACCCCAACCAGCCUCCUCCUGCCUCCACCAGCCUGA